AACAACAUCCUGGAUAUUGGAGCCUGGCGGCGCACACAGCUACAGAAAUAAAGGAGGAACGAAGACAUAACGGAGGCGGUGGUGCUCAUCGCGAAUGCUUCACUGUACAGAAGCAGGGACAUGAACGUGAACUUGGCAACUUUCGGCCGUUAAUGGUGGAUUUACGGUGUAUGGCGCCGAUUUAUCCCGCGGCACCGACAAGGUGAUGCAGCAGCGGCAGGACGGGAUCAGUCCGCCACACGGCUGCCUGCUGAAUGCCUUUACUGGGGGAAAAAAGGCGCAGCACACGUCCAGCACAGGCCGGCUUGAGCUUUUAUUAAAAUAGGGCAUUAUGUAGAGGGGAUUACCCAAGGUUUACGAUACACUCGUGGUUUACUUUCGUUAUUGUAUCGGCUCUUAAUAUCGCUCUCCGCUUCAGAGACGCUGCCACGGCAUCAAGCGGACCAGGCCUGUGCUGAACCUCCGUCCGCGACACUGAUAUUUGCCGCUGUACGCGCGUGAUGUGACGGCAACUUUCAUCGUUAACGCCAAUAACGGAAGCUCGUGGUGAUUUAGUCUUGUGGUUGGUAUCCGGUCGGCCAGAUUUUGUUAUGUUUACUUAGGUUGCGAUACUGUUUUGUGUAUUCAGACUGCCAGUCCCUUAUCGAUAGCAUAUCGUUGUUUUUGCUAGUUUAAGAUAAAUAUUUCGGUUAACGGGCGUUGAGGGCGGACUAGCCGUUUAUCCACUCGACCCAGCCCGCCUUGACACCGAGAAGCGUUUGGAUCAAAGCGAGGAUCAUGGAUCAGAAUGAUAAGACCCUCACGAGCGAGUGGAAGCAUCUGUGAUCUACAGGACAGAACUCUAUUUCGAUGAGAUAAGCAGACGUUCGGGAGUAACGCUUUGACCGCAAUGAGAUAAUAGUGUGGCUUGCGCGAAAACAGCCUUGACCCUUAUCCCUCCAUAUUCCAGUCGAUCAUCAAAAUAUGACCACGCCGGCUCUAUUGCCGCUCUCGGGACGUAGGAUACCUACCCUCUCGCCAGGUGCCUCCUCAUUCCCCCAUCACAGAGCCACCUUACGGCUCUCAGAGAAGUUCAUCCUCCUCCUCAUUCUCAGUGCCUUCAUCACCUUGUGCUUUGGAGCCUUUUUCUUCCUCCCGGACAAUUCCAAACACAAGCGCUUUGACUUUGGUUUGGAGGACGUGUUGAUACCGCACAUCGAGACCGAGAAGGAGGCCAGGCAUGGCAGUAGACAGGUCAUACAUGGCGUGGGAGCUCACGACGAGCAUCGACACAGAGAGGAAGAGGAGAGCCUUCGUGACAAGAUCCGGGCAGAUCAUGAGCGGGUGCUGCAGGAAGCCAAGGAAAAGCUCCGCAAAUCCAAAGAGGAGCUGAAGGCAGAGAUCCAGACAGCGAAGGCCAAGGUUUCUGAGGACCUGAAGAAGAAAGACGGGCCCAAACCACUGCCUCCAGUGCCCAUGCCCAAACUAGUAGGGGUCAACGAUGGUGACCCAGGGGACCCUGACACCAAGGAGAAGAGGGACAAAAUCAGAGAGAUGAUGAAGCAUGCGUGGGACAGCUACAGACAAUACGGCUGGGGCCACAACGAGCUCAAACCCCUCGCCAAGAAAGGACAUUCCACCAACAUCUUCGGUAAUAGUCAGUUAACAGGCAGAGUAUAUUUUUGUUUGUGUACUCUAUUUAUGCUGUCACUAAAAAAUGAGCAGAAAGACGGGUUAAUACUUUUACAUUUUUCCUUUCUAUUUCUACAGAACGCAGAAGUAUCUGUCUUUGAGGUCAACAUCCGCUUCAUUGGAGGGCUUCUGGCUGCGUACUACCUCUCUGGACAGGAGGUUUUUAAGCUAAAAGCUGUCCAGCUGGCGGAAAAACUGCUUCCUGCCUUCAACACCCCGACGGGCAUCCCUUGGGCCAUGGUCAAUUUGAAGAGUGGAGUGGGGCGUAACUGGGGAUGGGCGUCAGGUGGAAGCAGCAUUCUGGCCGAGUUUGGGACGCUCCACAUGGAGUUUGUGCAUCUGACGUAUCUGACAGGAAACCCUGCCUACUAUCAGAAGGUAAUGCACAUACGGAAGCUGCUGGCUAAAAUGGACAGACCCAAUGGGCUUUACCCGAACUAUCUGAACCCGCGCACAGGGCGCUGGGGCCAGCAUCACACGUCUGUAGGUGGGCUGGGUGAUAGUUUCUAUGAAUACCUCCUGAAAGCCUGGCUGAUGUCUGACAAAACCGAUGCCGAGGCUCGCAAGACCUAUGACGAUGCCAUCGAGGCCAUCGAGCGCCACCUCAUCCGUAAGUCCAACGGGGGCCUUACUUUCAUCGGGGAGUGGAAAAACGGCCACUUGGAGCGCAAGAUGGGUCACCUGACCUGCUUUGCUGGCGGCAUGUUUGCCCUUGGGGCCGAUGGCUCACCAGAUGAUAAAGCUGGACACUACCUGCAGCUCGGGGCAGAGAUUGCUCACACCUGCCAUGAAAGCUAUGAUCGCACUGUGCUAAAGCUCGGUCCAGAGGCCUUCAAGUUUGACAGCGGACUGGAGGCUGUGGCUGUGAGACAGAACGAGAAAUACUACAUCCUGAGGCCAGAGGUCAUCGAGACGUACUGGUACAUGUGGAGAUUCACCCACGAUCCCAAAUACAGGCAGUGGGGCUGGGAAGCAGUGCAGGCUAUAGAUAAGCACUGUCGAGUGAGUGGAGGUUUCUCUGGUGUGAAAGACGUCUACUCCUCCAAUCCCACCUAUGAUGACGUCCAGCAGAGCUUCUUCCUGGCUGAAACGCUCAAAUAUCUGUACCUGCUGUUCUCCAGUGACGAGCUGCUUCCUCUGGAGAACUGGGUGUUCAACACAGAGGCUCAUCCUCUGCCCGUCCUGCACCUGGGCAACAUCACCCUGCCGGGCAGCGAAAGCCAGCGGUAGAGAGGACAGACGGGGGGGCGCUCUCCCCCUCAACCGCCCCUUUACUGAACACCUCCCUCCUCCUGAAAGACAGCAGAGGAGAGAACUGAACCCCACAACCACUGUCUCCUCCUGCACUGUGAAUCAUGGGACUGCAGUGAACGCAGGAGACCCCAUCAUGUCUCUCUAUCUCUCUCUCUCUCUCUCUCUCAUGUAUUCUCUGAACGACAAACUGGUGGAUUGAUUAAUUGUCAGACAAAAAAGACGCGCAUUUCUCACCAGGGAAGGAUUUUAUCAAGUUUGUUCUAUUUGUUUUUCUCCAAUUUGGUGGCGUUUCAUGACUUGCUGGAUGAAUGGUUUUCGGACCAGCUCUUUCGCUUUCCAAGACGGCAGAUGCGGCCUCCUGUGAUAUCCUUCUCUGGGCACACGGGGAUGUUCAGGAUUUCUUCUCAACGACUCAUUGUUGGGGUUAGCGGGUAAACAAAUGGACACGUGCUGCUGUCGAACAGCUGUGAAAUCUUCACCACCGUCAUUCCAGAAAUCCUGCGCUUUCAGCGUUUCUCCAUUCACGUCUUUUCCUCAGAAAUGACUGCUUUCUGAUUGGUGGAUGGGUUUGUUUCGCCACACAUCAAUCAGUAACACUUGAAGCAGAAGUCGCAGCUCUUUCCAUGCUAAUGCUAUCGGUUUCACCAUUUGUUUUCAUUUGUCAAUAGUGCCGCUUUGUUAGACCAGACCUGAUUUUUUUUUCAGCAGCCGAGAUUUGCCACUAAUCAUAGCCCACGAGAUUUAUAUAUAAAUAUAUGGGGUUUAGAGUUCAGAAAAUACACUGUGUGUGUGUGUUCGUGUGUGUAUACAAGAAGCUCAGAGUCGGUAAAACACAAACUAGAUAUUUUGCAUACAACUUAACAACAAUGCCAAUGAUGUAGGUUUUGUCACGGGACGAAUGAUGUUGAACUGAGGUUGUUUGUUUUAUUUUCAGGUUGUCAUUCCAGUUUCUGGUAUUCAUUAAAAGCUAAAGCAUAUCUCUGAAGAUCUCAUGUGAGUUUUAGCGUGACUUAUUCCCUGACAUCUUCUCUGAAACUCCGACUCCUGAACUCAGAGUUUGUGCAAACACAACCGUGCGCCAGUCCUAAUCAAGUAUUUAAUUUGCUUUUAUUUAUUUAUUUCUUUUUUGGUUUAAUAGACCUUUAAUGAAUAUUGAUUCAGUCUCUUUUGGAAGACGCUUUCAGCCUUAUAAUGCUCUUUUUUACCUUCAAGUGUGUAAAAUGGCACAUUCACAGAACAUGUAGUCCACACGCUGAAGGAAAAGCUAAUUAUUUCCUCUUAGCUCUGUUUGAGGAUCAAUCCAUCUCAAAGCACCAUUGAUGGGAUGCUGGGUGCCAUCGAUCAGCUCUUUCUCUCUAUGCUUUCAGUUCCUGUCUGAAGGAGACCCGUGUGUGCUCUCCUCUCCUCUAGAUGGCAGAAGUGAUGUCCGGGGUGUGUGUCGUUUCUGUUCUUUUCUCCCACAGUAACAUGACUUUGACUAAUGGUGAGUGAAGCCCUGGCAAACACUCUUCACUGUUGUUGCUGGGUGGGUUUUGAAAAAGCUGUGUUCUGUAUUUGUAUUUUUACUGAACAAAGAAGACAACAAAAUAUUGUAAAUAUGUUUAAAAUGACACACAAAUUCAAUAAAGAUGUUACAAAAAGUGAACAGAAUAAAACAAAA